CAAGGCAACUGAAAGCGUCAGAAAAUCGAAACGGCGAGUGCAGGUGCACUUGCCGGGUGGGCGGUUGCAGUGGGGUUAUAAGAGUAGACAGUAGUGUGAGGUGUAGUGAGUGUGUGCAUGUACAGUGUUUGUGUGGAAGUUUGUGCCUACCCAGUGUAUCAUUUGUCUCAGAUAUCAGAAUCAACAGGAACUAAACAGUCAUGCUUAGCAGCAGAACUAAACACAUCCUGCAUUGCUGCCUACUGCUUACAGUAAUAGCUGUCUUCGAAAUUUGCACUGGUGGUAUAAGAUUAGGAAGUGACAAGCAACAAGAUUUUGAUCCCUGGGAACGCUACGGGUACUUUGGGGCAUUCUCACUAUACCUCAUACGCCUGCUAACUUUCUUGCCACUGCCACAGGUGCUAUUCAACUUCGCCGGUCUCACCCUGUACAAUGCAUUCCCCGACAAAGUGCCGCUGAAGGGUUCGCCACUGCUGGCGCCGUUCAUCUGCAUACGAGUCGUUACACGAGGUGACUAUCCGCAACUCGUCCGCAACAAUGUGGCUCGCAAUAUGACAUGCUGCACGGAGGCCGGUCUCGAAAAUUUCCUCAUAGAAGUGGUGACCGACAAAGUGGUCGGGCUAGCAAACCACAGGCGGGUGCGCGAAGUAGUGGUGCCCGCGACCUACCGUCCGAAGAGCGGCGCCCUGUUCAAGGCCCGCGCACUACAGUACUGCCUCGAGGACGGAGUGAACAUACUCGCCGACAACGACUGGGUUGUGCAUCUCGACGAAGAGACUCUGUUGACGGAGAACUCCGUUCGAGGAAUCUUGAACUUCGUCCUGGACGGCAAGCAUCAGUUUGGCCAAGGAUUAAUCACGUACGCCAAUGAAGACGUCGUGAACUGGGUCACAACUUUGGCUGACAGCUUUCGCGUUGCGGAUGACAUGGGGAAACUUCGGCUGCAGUUUUCAAUGUUCCACAAGCCGCUCUUCAGCUGGAAGGGCUCAUACGUUGUAACACAGGUGGGCGCAGAGCGACAGGUGUCCUUCGACAACGGACCGGACGGGUCCGUGGCGGAAGACUGCUUCUUCGCGAUGCGCGCCUACACGCAGGGCUACUCCUUCAAUUUCGUGGAGGGCGAGAUGUGGGAGAAGUCGCCGUUCUCGCUGUGGGACUUCAUGCAGCAGCGGAAGCGCUGGCUGCAGGGCAUUCUGCUCGUGGUGCACUCCCAGGCCAUCCCGCUGCGGCACAAGUGGCUGCUCGCCGUCUCCUGCUACUCGUGGGUCACCAUGCCGCUCUCCACCUCCAACGUGCUGCUCGCGGGACUCUGCCCCAUCCCCUGCCCACCGCUCAUGGACUUCGCCUGCGCCUUCAUUGGCGCCGUCAACAUCUACAUGUACGUCUUCGGCGUCGUCAAAUCCUUCUCGCUCUACCGUUUCGGCAUGUUGCGCUUCCUCAUGUGCAUAUGUGGCGCCCUCUCCACCAUUCCCUUCAACAUCAUCAUAGAGAAUGUGGCUGUCGUUCUAGGCCUCUUUGGACAGAAGCACCGCUUUUAUGUUGUUAACAAAGAGUUCCGGCCACCUAUAACAGUGUAAAGAAGUGUGUGUGUGUGUGUGUGUGUGUGUGUGUGUGUGUGUGUGUGUGUGAGAGAGAGAGAGAGAGAGAGAGAGAGAGAGAGAGAGAGAGAGAGAAAAAUCUGAAACAAGUGGAAUAUGCACCUUUCUUGGUGCCUUUGUAUAAUGUCAGUAUUUUCGUUGUUAUUAACAUGUGCCGGGAAGAAAUUGCCCGUACCCUCAUGUUAUCUUGCGCCAAGUGGCCAGACGAUAAGGGAUUGGUUGAUCUCUGCCACCAGGCCAUUGACUGCUUUGAGGGGGAGGGGGGAGUUACAAAACCAGCGUCCUAUCUUACUACGGGUUGGGGUAGGUACUCCCCGUUGAAGAGAAUAGACUGGAUCUACCCUUUUUCCAUUGUUGUUCUGUUACAUACAUGACCUACUGUGCAGAGUUUCAUUUAGCUGCAUUGUUGAUUUUCAGCUGUUGUGCAGCUAUUCUCUUGUUUCGGACACAUCUGAAAGCUGAAGAAAAUAAAUGUAGUACAGUCACCGAGAAAGGAAUACGGUGAGACAUCCGUCACCUGUUGAAGUGUCACUUACCUGUUGCACAUCCUCCUGUAACAUCUGUUACAUUGACCCUCUCGUAUGUAGUAUUUUUCCCUGUAUGGGGCGCUGGUUUUCCUCGCAAUGUUUACUACUGAAGCUAUUUUUGUUGCACCUUUAGUUUUAUUGGACAAUUUUGUGAUCUUGGUUUAAUUUUUAUGCCUCAUAUUGAGGCAGAGCACGGCUACGGUGAUCGCAUUGUCCUAGUCCGAAGUGAGACUGGCCACAGUGAUUAGAGCCCUGCGUGCAGUCUCCUCUGCAAUUUUUGUUGAAAGUUUCCUGUGAGCCUGCCACUUUUUUCCCAGCUUAGCUAUUUCCAUUAGGCCAGCCAACUUUCCGUAACUGACAGGUAUUAUGUGAAACAGACACUGCUCUGCCAUUUCUGAUCUCCCGACAGAUUACUUUAUAUCUAUCGGUCCUUAAGAGUUGUCGGGGCCACGCACUGCAAACUCGAGAUGGUAUUUCCCAGUCAUUUCUGAAUUGUCACUGUCUAAUACUGAAUGUGAUGAUUGGGUGAUAACUUUGUUCUUAAUGUACAGAUAUUUAAAUUUGGUGUGAAGUACAAAUUGUAAUUAUGAAAAGUUGAUAAUUAGAUAUUUAAUAAGUGAGUGGUUUAUAAACACUUAUCAUUGCACAGUUGAUUGGUGUUGUUUCAUAAUUUUAAAUUUCACAUUCAAAUUAAAGAUGUACUUAACUUCAGAUCUGGCAGCCUAAAACUGCCAGAAGGAGCUGAAACUGUUGUGCAGUUUAUAAGGAAGAUAAUGUUCUCUGAUUUUAAUUUGGGCAGUAUAUGUUAUACAUCACAUUUAAUUUUUGUUGUGUUUCUACUGAGGCAACUGUGGGUCCCACUUUCAUCAUAGCUAUGUCAUGCACUCCAUAUUUUGUGUACUUUGUGCUACUAUACUCAAGAAUCUUGUAUCAAAUGUUAAAUAUUGAUAAUAAAAAAGUCAUUUAAGUCUGUGAAAA